AUAAUGCUUGAUUCACUGUGAGUUGUAAGAUUUUAACCCAAUCUUCCCUUGGUAAGCCAAAACACUUCUAGUGUUUUUUGUACAUGUUGUGCAUGCAUUGCAACCGAACAAUCCUCCAUUAUUCCUACUUGCUUAGCUACCAGAUCUAGGUCUUAAUAUUUGUAACCACUGUUACAGGGCAAUUAGAAUCUGAGGAUCUUCUCCCCGGAUUGGGAUCUGAGUUUUUAAUCUGAGUUUGAAUUUAUAAUUUCUAUGUUUUGACUUCUCCUACCCAAAUCCACAUUUCUCUUAUCAGAGCUAUUAGAACUUUACUUUGGAAAUAAUCCUCGCUGAGCAGGGUACCUUUGUAUAAAACCUUUACGUCCUACACUUAAGGCAUUUCCACACUGACUCAGGACAUCUCUUAGUUCAUUAAAUCUGAUGUAGUAGGAUGUUUUACCGGUACAUCAGGUGAGACUAGCAUAUACCAAAGGGGUGUAGAGGGUCCAUGAAAUUUUAGGGACCUAGGCAAUGUUGAUGAUUGCCCAAAUGCCAAUAAGCAUCCAUCCAAAGGGUCUCCUGAUCUAUAUGGUGCCAAUGUAACAUUGAGUGGAGGAGCAAGAAUUGCUUUCCUUGUUUGUAUCUUUUUCUGUUGUAACCUAGAGAUCACUACAUCACAGGCACUAGUACUUGUGUUACUUGUGAUACCACAUCUUCUAGUCCCUGGACAAUCACAGUUUUUAAAGGUAUUUCCUCUUUACUAUCAGAGGCAGACACUAACAGAGGAGAGGCUAUUUCCUCCCUCUUUGCUCUGCUCAUCUCAUUUUUUACAUCACUAGUCGCAUUCUCUAUUAUGACACUUAAAUCCACCUCCUGUAUUGCCACCCUGGGACUUCCUUUUUCUUUCUGCACUGCUAACUUCCUCAUUUGACUCUCCCUGUGGCUUCUGAGACUUAAUCAUACAGUACCUUUAGGAGCGGAGUUGAUCAGCCUGAACUAACUCUCUUGUCCUACUUCUCGUAACUGGCCUUGCAGGAUUCUCUAUUUCCGUUAGUUCCACCAUGCCAAUAGGGAUGGGAACCGACUCUUUGUUCUCCUCUAACACAUCUCCUAUCUUUUCCAACUCUUUGAUUCUUUCCAACAGCAGACCAUGGUUUGAUUUAUAGCUGUCCAGCAAUUUUAAGCUGGCAUUCACUCAUUCCUGCCAACAAUGUGCUUUCUUUCCUGCUUUCAGUGCCUGGUACCUACACUGUUUCAACUUUUUUUUUUUUUUUUAAAUUCUGCUUCUUUUGGAAAAGUACUGACCGCUCCUCUGACACUACAUGUAGCCAAUUUGUUAAAUCCUGAAUAACCUUUCCUCCUUCAUCCAAAGUUUGCUAGGCUUUCCUGAGGAGCUUUAAUUUUUUAUUUAAUUUUUUUUCCAGCGAACUACAAGCCACGAGCAGACAUUUAACAGCUAUUUUCUUUACCAGGUAUGUCUGUCUGAAGUUCUUGAAAAAAUUCAACUGCAUCUGCAUUUAAAUCCAUCUGAAAUGUUAUGCUGUAAAAGAAAAUCAUACCAUGUAGCUGCUACUUGCAUUUUUGCUUUCACUUUGAUGAUGACUCUAUGUUAUCUUUGGACACAGGGGGACUCUUUCCAACCAAAUAGAACAACACAAGAAGGCAACCUCUGUAGAGGGGAAAUUGCCAGCAAUACAAUCACAGCCAUAAAAGGUACUAGAACUUUUAUCAUUGCCCCAUACUUCGAUAAUGGGAAAAGCAAAAUAAACCACGUGAUUGGGAUUGUUCACCAUGAAAAGAUGAAAGACUUUUUCUGUUGGUUCUGCUGCCAGCCUGAUGGUGAAAUAUAUGUAUCAAAGGCAGCAAUAGAUGUUCAUUCAGAUCGAUUUGGAUUCCCUUACAGGGCAGCAGACUUGCUUUGUUCAGAACCUAAAAACUGUGAUCCAAACUUUGUAUCCAUCAAUUGUGAACCUAAAGUAAAUAUUGACCAACUACCAAGAUUUGAAAUAAAAAACCGCAAGGCUGAGACCUUUCCCAUUGAAUUCACUGUGUGUAUCUCUACCACGUUUGGAAAUUACAGUAAUGUCUUACAAUUUAUACAGACCAUGGAGAUGUACAAAAUUCUUGGGGCACAGAAAGUUAUUAUCUAUAAGAACAGCUGCAGCCAAUUGAUGGAGAAAGCCUUGGAAUUUUAUAUUGCAGAAGGAACCACUGAGAUAAUUCCCUGGCCAAUUACUUCAUACCUCAAUGUUUCUUCUUACUGGCAUUUUUCUAUGGAUACCAAAGACAUUGGCUACUAUGGACAAAUCACAGCUCUAAAUGACUGUGUUUACCGCAACAUGUACAGGAGCAAGUCUGUGCUUCUUAAUGAUAUUGAUGAAAUUAUUUUGCCCAUGAAACACCCGGACUAUGAUAUGAUGAGCGGCCUUCAGGAGCAAAAUCCAGGGGCUGGCAUUUUCCUUGAGAACCACAUCUUUCCUAAAACUGUAUAUGCUUCCACUGACAUAUUCAACAUUACAUCCUGGAAUGCUGUGCCUGGAGUUAACAUCCUGCAGCAUAUUCACAGAGAGCCUAACAGAAAAAAUGUAAUUAAUCCUAAAAAAAUGAUAGUUGAUCCAAGGAAAGUAGUUCAGACAUCAGUCCACUCUGUCCUACAUGCCAAUGCGGACAGUGUGAAUGUUCCCAUUGAUGUUGCCCUUGUUUAUCAUUGCCGGGAACCCCUUCAAGGAAAGCUUCCUAGAGAAUCCCUGUUUAGGGAUACAACAAUCUGGAGAUGUAACUCAUCAUUAAUCGUGAAUGUUAACAAAGUGCUACAGAAAACAGUGUUCUAAGUACAAAGAAUGAGACCAUGACGGGGUGGGUUACCAACAUGUAUAGAUUCUGGAAGGAGGGUCCCAACUAAGGUCUGUUCCAGCUUGAUGUUCUCCUUCCCCAGGACUCUCGUCCUCCUUAACACCACAGAGGCUAUGAGACCAGGGAUGGGACCACUCUAUGGGCCCCAGAAAGUGUCAUCUAUGUACCUCUGUCUCCUUUAGCUCUACCAGUUCAGCCACUCUAGUUUCCAGAGCCUGUACUCAGUCUGAGGGCCAUGAGCUGCUCGCACCAAAUACACACACAUUGCCCAUUUCUCAGAUGCUGUCUCCAGGCUCUCAUAUUUCAUUCAGUUUAAUUGCAGUGGAGAAUUAAUUGAAGUGAUCGGAGUCUUUUUCACAGCUUCAUAUGUCAUUGUAGAUUGUCACAAGGUCCCACAUGCUUUAGAUCACUGGUAAAUGUAUUUAUCCUUAUCCGAUGAUGUUAUAAAGCUAAGGUAACCCCGCUGGCAACUAACCCAAAAUGGCCAAUAAGGGAACAAA